AUGCACUUGCUGUUAUCAUAUCUUGAAGUGUUCUCAUACCUUUUGAUAGGAUUGUCCAAGGAGAGGGGGUCAGGGGGGCAACGUAAGCAGGAUCUAGAUCUAAGAGUGGGGACUUGGAACAUAGGUAUCCUAGAAGUCAAGUCGUUAGAGUUGGCCAAUGAGCUUUCUAAAUACAGGAUUCAUGUAGCAUGUGUUCAAGAGACUAGGUGCAAGGGGCAAAAAGUAAAAGGUAUAAAGGGAUAUAAGUUGUGGUAUGCGGGUUUGGACGGCAGACGUAACGGGGUUGACAUCCUAGUGUCUAAUGAUAUCCUAAAGCAAUUGGUUGAAGUAAGGAGGUGUAAUGACAGGAUUAUGCUAGUUAGGAUAGUAGUAGGGGAAGAGAUUAUAUCCAUUGUCAGUGGUGUUGGGUACAGAGAUGCCCACCCAACACAAGCUUUUAGUACUGGUUUACAGGAUGAGGAAGAAAAUCGUAGAGAAGAAGGUCGAGUCCAAGGGAAAGAUCAUGUGGGGGAGACUCAAAGGGGAUAUAGUCACAACCCUGUCAAGCAAGAUAAUAAGUUUAUUGGGCCUCCCAAUUCAGUCAGAGGAUGCGAAUGA